AUGAACGCCUCUGCAUCUACCCUGUCAUUGCCGCCGCCGCGAGAUAUUCCGUCCACGUUUGUGGCGAGUCUCAAGAGUUGGUGGGCUGCGGGUGAGAAGGAGGGCGCAGCCAGUGAGGAGCGUCUUCUCCGGAAAUUAUCUUUCUUUCGCCCGACGGGGGUGUCUGCACCCCCAACACCGAGCGACGAUGUCCCCGUCGUAGCUCGCAGUAUGCGGAUUGAGCUGUCUGAUCCGAAGCAUUAUCUCAAUACCCUGGCCAUGACCUCCACAUCACCCGCGAAUACAGCAUACCCCCCAGCUGUCCUUUUACAUGGCUACGGGGCUGGGCUUGGUUUCUUCUUCCAGAAUUUCACUGCACUUGGGAAUUGGGCCGGUAGGCGUGGAAGCUCGGUGUACGCGCUUGACUGGCUGGGUAUGGGUCGUUCGGCACGUGUGCCGUUCUCUGUCAAGGCCAAGCGGGAUGACGUCCAAGGGAGGGUCGCUGAGGCAGAAUCAUUCUUCGUCGACUCGCUAGAACAGUGGAGGCAGAAGAUGGGCCUCGAGAGCAUGACGCUCAUCGGACACUCGCUUGGAGGCUACCUCAGCGUCGCCUAUGCGCUGAAGUACCCCGCUCGCGUGGGCAAGAUCAUCUUGCUGUCCCCUGCAGGCGUACCGAGAGAUCCAAACUCUACUGUGUACUCGCGCGAGCUGACGGACAGCCAAGACACGGGCGCCUCUGAUUCGGACCACGCGGAAGACAUGACAAAGUCGCGCUUGAAGGACCUCAAGUCCAGCCAGAAGCUGGAGCAACGCAAAGAGAGUCGGUCGCGGCGGCUGUUCACAUAUCUAUGGGAAGAGGGCUGGAGUCCGUUUCAAGUUGUUAGAUCGACCCUCUUCUGGGGACCGAUGCUGGUGGGCAAAUAUUCCAGCCGACGGUUCAUCGGUCUGAGUGAGGAAGAUACGAGGGCAAUGCAUGAUUACAUUGUCAACAUCACUCUGGCGAAGGGAUCUGGGGAAUAUUGUAUAUCACACUUGCUGGCUCCGGGAGCUCAUGCUAGAUUGCCUCUCGUAGAUCGCAUCGCGGCUCUAAAGAUUCCCAUCACAUUUGUUUACGGUGAACAUGACUGGAUGGACCCUGAGGGCGGCACAGAAGCUGUAGAGAAUCUUCGCCAAGCAGGAAACGGACAAGGGAAGAUGUACAUUGUGCCUCACGCUGGACAUCACGUAUACCUGGAUAAUCCCAAGGCUGUAAACGAUUUGCUCGUAAAGGAAUUAGAUCGUCAUAGGGUGGAUUGGUGA